ACUCGGCAAGUAAUCUCAGUCGUGGGGAUGGGAGGGCUGGGGAAAACUACAUUAGUGAAGCAAGUUUACGAAGAUCCAGAAGUGAAGAAACAUUUCAUGAUCCGUGCUUGGAUGACUCUUUCUCAAUCUCCAAACAUAGAAGAGCUCCUUCAAGGCAUGGUUCGACAAAUUAUGAGGCAUACCCAAGAACCAGUUCCUCCUCUGGAGUACAACAUGGACAGAUUAUGCCAGAAGAUGAUUAUCAAGGACUUGCUACAAAAUGCAAGGUACCUGAUCAUCGUAGAUGAUGCGUGGCACAUAAAUGAUUGGGAUGCGAUCAAACAUGCAUUGCCUAACAACAACUGUGGCAGCCGAAUAAUCAUCACAUCCAGGAAUUCUGAUUUGGCAUAUACUUCAUGUGGGGAAUUCACAGGGAUGGUUUACAAGAUGGGGCCACUGCCAGCUGAACAGUCAUGGAAGCUUUUCUGCGCAAAGACUUUUCAGGGAAACUCAUGCCCUCCUCAUCUAGAGGAGACCUGUAGGCUUAUUCUAAGAAAGUGUGAGGGAUUGCCACUUGCUAUUGUGGCCAUCAGUGGUGUUUUGGUUUCAAAAGACACAAGAAAAAAGAAUGAAUGGGAUCUAGUUCAUCGCAGUCUUCGUACUGAAAUCGAUUGCAAUGACAAAUUCAAAGCCCUGAAAAGAGUCCUUUCACUUAGUUUUGAUGACCUGCCAUACUACUUGAAGUCCUGUUUCUUGCACUUGAGUGUAUUUCCCAGGGGUUACCUCAUUAAGCGUGGGAGAUUGCUUCGAUUAUGGAUUGCAGAAGGAUUUGUUGACAAGAAAGAAGGCAUGACGGAAGAAGAAGUAGCCCACAGCUACUUAAAUGAGCUCAUGAGCAGAAGUCUAGUAGAGAUGGCUAUCAAAACAAUCGAUGGAAGGAUCGAGUAUUGCCGUGUCCAUGAUUUUCUGCUGGAUAUUAUUACUUCAAAGUCGAGCAUCCAAGGCUUUGCAGAAAUAGCCAUAGAAAAACAUCAUAAAUGGCCUGACAAAGUUCGUCGCCUAUCUAUACAGAACAGCCUGCAAUCUAUCCAGCAGAAAAGGUCAUUGUCUCAACUCCGUUCUUUAUACAUAUUUGGGGUAGAGAGAUCUUACACGGAUGCUGUUCUAGGUAGUGAAAUGAGAUUGCUCACUGUUCUGGACUUGCAAACUCCUUCUUUGACAAGGUUCCCAGCUCAAUUUGCCGAGUGGUGCUUCCUAAGAUAUCUAAGUUUCAGAGGUAGCAAGGUGAGAGCUGUUCCAAAUUCCAUAGGGAAGCUUCAAAACCUAGAGACCCUAGACCUUAAAAAUACACAUGUCACAGAAUUGCCAGUCUUUAUCUUGAAGCUCCAACGACUUCGCCAUCUAAUCAUAUUACAUCGUAGAAAAGCACCUUACCCAUGGUUUAGGUAUGGCUUCAAGUUCCUAGAAGAAAUGGUGGCUCUACAGUUCCUGCAAAAGCUAUACUACAUAGAAGCUGGUGAAGAGAGAAACGGCAGCUUAAUGAGAGAGCUUGGAAAGUUGAAACAAUUGAGUAAGUUAGCCAUCUUGAAGUUGAGAAAAGAACAUGGAAGGGAAUUGUGCUCGUCAAUUGAAAAAUUAACCAAGCUUCAAUCGAUAUCUCUAACUUCAGUCAACGAAAAUGAGAUUAUUGAUCUACAACCCCUCUCUUCUCCACCUCCAUUUCUCCGGAGAAUAAACUUGGCAGGAUGUCUGGACGCAUUACCACAUUGGAUAUCAUCUCUUGAUAGCCUGAUGGCUUAUGAAGGAACCAAGUUGCGUUUCAACACCAACAACUUCAUGAAGCUACGGAUUCUGGUCCUUGGUCCGUUUGAAAGACCCGAGCGUGUGGAAGUGGAGAAGGGAUCAAUGCCUUGUCUUGAGGAUUUGACUAUGGAGAGUUGUAAGCUAAUGGAGAAGCUUCCAUCCGGUAUUGACCACCUGGAAAAGCUGGAAGUGCUGAAGUUUAUUGACAUGCCUGAUGAGUUAGUGAAGAAACUUAGGCGGGAUGGACAAGAUGAUGAUUACCUGAAAGUGGCCCAUGUUCCAGAAGUAUAUUAUGGUUACCGGAGAGAUGGGGGAUGGCACGUCGUGCUCACCAAAGCAUUUGUAUGA